AUGGCAGAAAACAUCAAAUCUUCUCUGCGCGACUCCGCAGUGAUUGCUAUCAUUGACAUCUUUGGGAUAACUUACUUCUCUAUCUUCACCAUCCAAUGCCUUAUAUUUAACUUUCCUACAUCGACAGAAGAGAUUCUUCACUCAAUCGCUACGCUUCUUUUCGGGGCCAGUGUCGUCUCUUGGUGCUUCUUGAGCCUCGCCCACCGGACGAUGGUUGUUUUCAAAGACGCGAGAGCUCAAUUUUUGCAGAAGCUUGAGUUCGGAAGUAUUUUAUUCUUCGAAUUCGCGACAAGCCUUUCCUUUAUCAUACUCCAGUUCCCGGAUCACUCUACUCUUCAGCUGGGCUAUACCUGCACCCUGGUUGUGGUUUUUGCGGCGCAUCUGGUCGACCUGCUAGUGGAAACUGCAGAUUUCGCAAGGGCUACGAACAGGUUUCCGUAUCACUGUAUUGCUCUAGGUUUGAUUGGAAUGGUGCCUGUGAUUCAAGCUUUGACAGAUCCGGUUCAAGAUACUUCUCCGUUAGUGUCGGAGGUCAUUCGCCUAGUGGCUUACAAUCUUGUCGGGGUAGCGCAAUAUUUUGGGAGACCACUGGAGCGAAUAGGUCUUUUCAGUGGUUGGCAGCCUAGCCUAUACUCGAUGCAUGCUCUUUUGAUGUUCAGUGCGGUGCAUCUGUCGCGGCAACUUCUUAAGGCUACUCAAUAA